AUGACUUCAACAGUUUCACGUCGGAAGUCAAUAGCAUCUUUAGUAUCAUUCGAUCUGGAUCAACAUGAAUCAACAAAACGUGUGAAAAUAGCCAGAAUAGAUGAAUUUAAUAUCGGUACAUUUCAAUCAAAGUUGAAAUUCGAAGAUCUACCAAAUGAAUUAUUGUUCUACAUAUGUCAAUUUAUACCACUCAUUGAUUUACAACGUGCCUUCUACAAUUUGAAUUUACGUAUAAAUAAAAUUUUAUAUUCAAAAAAAUUUAAAUUGGAUUUAUCAAUGUUAUCAAUGUUUAAAUAUGCAUUUGACUAUUACUGUUCCAAUCAGCAACCAUUUAUAUCUCAAAUUUAUAGUUUGAAGUUAUGUGACGAAUAUGAUCGUGUAACAUGGUUCAAUCAACAUAUUGAUAUGAGUCUUUUCAACAAUUUGAGAAUAUUAACUAUUUCGCAACCAUCCAUAGAAAAUCUUGAUAAAAUAUUAUCGAAAUUGCAUGUGUUAACGAACUUGUCUUACUUGAAUAUUUAUGAUGCAUUGAUACAAUCUCCCUAUAUAACAACAGCAUUAUUUUCGAUUCGUUCAUUAAAACGUUUGAUUUUAUAUUCAUUUAAUCCUAUUCUAUUUCAUUUUAAUGAUAAUACUAUUCAACCAUGGACUGAACUUGAAUAUUUAAAAUUGAAUAGUUGCUAUAUGAGGAAUUUCUUGGAAUUGGUCAAAUAUGUUGGCAAAAAUGUUCAACGAAUGGCAGUAUCGAUAGUUUAUGAACAUCGCAAGGAUCCAACCCCAAUUGAUAAAAAAAUAAUUGAUAAUUUGCUUUAUGGUGAUAGAUUUCAAUUAUCCAUAUUUUUAAAUCGUCUUGAAAUAUCAUUUGAUUAUUUAUCAUUAACGGACUUUCAUCUCGUCCUAAAAUUAUUUCCCAAUCUAAAACAUUUAACAUUUUUAACGUGGACUUCUGAUUUGAACUUUGCUUCAUCAACAAUAUGGCAUGAUUUUAUUUCCAAAAACCUAUUAAAAUUAGAAGAACUUCAAUUCUAUAUACGAGUCACUGGUCAUGUUGUUCAACAAUGUCCGUCACCUUUACUCAUUCAAUCAUUCGAAAAUAAUGAUUACAAAUGGAUAAACGAUCCUGUUAUUAUGAAUUACAAUCAUGCUCCUAAAAUAGCUUUUUUAGAAAUUUAUACUUAUUCACAAGCUGCAUGUGAUGAAAGAUAUAGUGUACAGUUUUAUGGCACGGAAAAGUUUAUGACUAGAAAAUAUAAUAUGAUUGAUAUAAAUGAAAAUGUAAGAAUAUUGAAAGUUACAUUAAAUGAUAAUAAUGUAGAAAUGGGAUUGAAAAAUCGAGACAGAACAAAUUAUCCAAAAGUAAAAACGAUAGUAGUUCAUUCACAAUUGACAACAAUACCAAUAGAAAAUGAUUCGAUGAACAGUUUGAUCUGUUCUGAUCUAAUGAAUUCUACUCUUGAUUUAUCAAAAAUCAUUGAACUCUAUUUUACCACAUAUGCGUCGACAAAUUUCAAUUAUCCAUCAAGAACAUUAGUGUAUUGUCUUCUCAAUAAAAUGCCUAAUGUCUGUAAACUUACUCUAUCCUACAACUAUCUAUUGGAUUUGUUCAAUUCAUCAAUUGUUGUUGAAAUAUUAACAAAGCAGAUUCGAAUUCUGUCCAUUAAUUUUAAUAGUGAUCCACCAUUACUGGAAGAUAUAAUCAGAAUCUUGAAUACAUUCUCAACAAAUUUAAUGUUUCUAAAGAUGAACGUUCAAAUGGAUUUUCCAGUCGACAAAUUUUACGAUAUUUUGGCAUCAAUAUUUGAUACUAAAUAUAUCAAAUUAUGUUAUUUUAUAUUAACACUACAAACACAACAAGACUCACCACAAUCAUUCAAUACAGAAUUUAAAUUAUGGCUGAAACAACGUUUGACUGCCUUGAUUACUAAUGAUCGAAAAGAAUCGACUACAAUCGAAUAUAAUAUUAGAGACCAAGAAUUUGCCGUUUCUUUUUGA